UUCGUUUUCGGACAACAACUUUGAUUAGUUAUAUAUAAUAUUAUGAAUAUUUUUUAAAUUUUGAUAAUAAUACUAUGUGGAAUCCUUUGAAAAAAAAUCACUUGACACAAAGGCCUACUCCUGCACCUCCUCUACUAUCUCAAUCAGAAGACAGAAACUUGGAUAUUGCAGUUCAAAGACUUAUUUACGUUGAAGAUACAAUCAGAAAAUUAACUAAGGAAAUGAAAAGAUAUAUAGAAGCCGUAGUGAGCUUGGAUAGAGCAGAUCAAAGAUUGACAUUAAAUCUAACAUCUUGUGGUUUAGCACAUUUCAAUGAUGAUUUCAGAACAGUAGUAGAAAACUACCAUUCAGUGACAACACAGAUUGGAAAAACUGUGCAAGAAAUGGCAACUCUUUGUCAGAAAACUUUUAUAGAACCCUUAAAAAAAUUACGUGAUGAAUUUAUUUUAAUAGCUGCAGCAAUAGCCAAACGCGAAGAGUUGGUAACUACUUGGAAAAAUUCUUAUAAUCGUGUUAAAAAAUUGAAGGAAAAAAAAGAUAGAACUGCUAAUCAUAUUGUAAAAUUAGAAAGAGAAUGCAGAGCAGAGGAAGCAGCAGCUAAGGAGUUGAAGACUGUACAUUCUCAAUUACUUAUAGAACUACCCAUGUUUUUAGAUAAAAGAUUAGAGUAUAUUAAACCUAGCGUACACGCGUUGAUCAUGAUACAAUUGGAUUACUACGGAAGUGCGAUGCAUUUAUUCACACAUUUUAUGUCGGUACCAAAUAGUUCGGAGUCAUCGCCCAGUGCAAUGAUACGUGAAGACGAAUACCAACAAGCAAUUGAAAGUCAAAUGAAUAGAAUAAGAUCUCUUACAAUUGUUAAAGAUAAAGAAUCAUAAAAAUUUUUGUCAGAACCAAUUUUUAUGAUAUUGACAUAGGUACGAAUAUAUUUAUCAAA